AACAGCAACAUGACUGCCAAAACCAAUGAUAGUGAUAUGCCCAAAAUGUCCUCCGAAAUACCACGUCUAAGCUCGGAAUUAGCUGCACAAGCUGCCAUCAGGGCACAACAAAUUUUGCGCAAACAAUCUUCGCAAGAGGAACAUCCCCCACCCAUGGGGAUGGGUGGUGGUGGUGGUGUGAAACCUCCAUUACAUUUGCCACCAAAACCGGCAGGGUCUCAGCCACCACCUUUACCGCCGCAACAUAAUAAACCAGUUCCUGCAAUACCGGCCCGUUCUUCAGAUCGUUCUACACCACCUGAAAUACCACCCAAACGUCAUAGUCUCAAAAGUCUCCCGGAUGGUUUUAAUUUACCACCACCUGGAAGGCAACCGCCACCAUUGCCGCGUAAACCAGCAUCCGCACAAAGCUCAGCACAAAAUAGCGCACAAAACUCACCACUAUCGAUGGCGAAAUUUAAGGAUAAACCCCCUGUACCACCAGAAAAGCCAGAACCCAAAAGAUCAUCCAACCCCUUUGAUAUUCCUCUAGACAAAAAUGUACCCUCUCCAGCUCCAACAAGGGCAAGUGAUGUCAAAAAAUCCUCUACAGCCUCGUCAUCGGCAUCCUCGUCUUCGCGAAUCUCCCCCACAGAGGAUUUCGGUUCCGAGGACGCUUUACGGGGUAUUGAAAGUGGUCUGCGCAACAUGGAACGAGCCAUGCAAGAACAAAUGAAUUUACGUUCCUUUGAAGCACAAAAUAAUUUUGAUAUGCAAUUCAAGGCCGCUCUCAGUUCCGGCAACCGCCAUGUCUCCGCAGUGAAUAUUCGGGCGGCAGCCUAUGAACGCAAUCUCUCCUUAGAUGAAAAUUCCGUACAAAAUGCAGCAGCCGCAGCCAGGCAAUCUAUUGAAGAAAUUAAACAAUUGCGGGCUCAAGCCUUACAAAAUUCCUCCACCAAUAAUCUUAGCCAAUUGGAACAGAGUCAGCAACAGGCAAUGCGUUCUACCAUUGAACAUCACAUGCGUUCGCUGGAUCGUAAUUUACCAUUGGAGCUACAAUACAGUCGUCAUCGUUCGCAUGUUCCAACCACGAAUAGUAAUGAUUUCAAUAAACCUCCUGUACCAGGACCAGUGCCAGUACCUGGUCAAGCGGUACCACCAACGGCACCAGGUGCUGCAACAAGCGGGGGAACGGGAACAGCAGGAGGUCCCAUGCCUUUAAGUUCGGAAUUUAGAGAACAUAUACGCCAACAGCUAUUGGGUAAUAUACCAGGAAAUGUGGUGCACAAUACAGGACAGGGACCUGGUUCCGCAGCUGCUGCUGCUCUGCUACAACAUCAAGCUCAGUCAAGGGCAGCAGCUGCGGCAGUAGCAGCGGCUCAAGGUUCAGCUGUGGCCGCUUUGACACGAGAAGAAAUGCGCUUGAGGCGUCGUUCGUCGCACGAUGAGACUCAACUGGCUCAGAGUCCACAAAUGCCGGUCACCCGUUUACGUGAACACUGGGAUGAAACCUCACAAUGUGUUCUGCAAAGAGCUGCCCAGUUGAAGAGCAUGUUGAGCGAUUCUCAAAGAUAUGAGGCCAAACGUUUGGAACUUGAAAAAUGGCUGCAACGCAUGGAAGCUCGUGCCGAACGUAUGGGCACCGUGGCCACCACUGCUGAUAUCUUGGAGGCCCAACAAAAAGAGCAGAAGUCCUUCCACGCUGAGCUGCAUCAAAACAAACCGCAAUUUGAAAUAUUCAAUACAUUGACUCAAAAGCUAAUUGCCGUCUAUCCGGCAGAUGAUACCACACGCAUCAAGAAAAUGACUGAGGUCAUUAAUCAGAGAUAUGCCAAUCUCAAUAAUGGUGUCAUUAAUCGCGGCAAGCAAUUGCAUGCCGCCGUACACAGUCUCCAGUCCUUCGAUCGUGCCAUGGAUCAAUUUUUGGCAUUCCUAUCGGAAUCUGAAUCGUUGUGCGAGAGUGCUGAAGCUGAAAUCGAACGAAAUCCAUUGAUGUUUAAGGUAGGUG